CGUGCUUCCUGGUCCCGUCGUCCCGUCCCAACAAUCGCAAUCUGCUGGCUCCAGUCCAGCAAAUUCCACUUUGGGACAGAAAAAAAAAGUUGGAACCGACGAUCAGGGAAGACGGACACAUCGAUACCUUACUAGCUAACAUACCUAGGUCCCGUCUGUCUGCAAGGCAUCAUCAUUACUUAUUAUCAUCACCACGGCAUCACCACUCAUCUCGACCACCUUCCAUUAUUUAGUAUUGGGGCGCUGUCGCCUUGCUGCAAAACCGAGCCUCGACAUAAGUACGCUAGGAACUUCCUACAUCACGACUCGAGCCGGCCCAUUAACGCCAAGGUGGACUCUCCCCCAUCCAGUCCACCCACUGCUCCAUCGACGGACCCCAUCGAUAUCUUCCCGUCCGUCUUUGCUGACUCCGUCCCCCGAACACCAGGCAUCUCGCUGUCCUCUGCCACCAAGGACCACGACAGCGGAACUCCUUCCACUCGAGUGCAACAAAAGACCUGCGCAUAGUGCCAUACGCAUCGCGAUAGCAACCGCCACUACCACCCCGAUUGCAUAUCUUUGGCUAUACACAUACGACCGCCAUGACAGGCCGGUCUCGUCGCGGGGUUAAGUUCCCCCACAGCGGCCGUCGCAGCAGCAUGAGCGAGGCCAGCGAAGAGAGCUCCCCCUCCAAGACAAGGGCGCUCGCGAAUAUCCAAGAGAAAUCCAAGGAUGCCGGCGACAACCAGCAGCUUUCCGAUUACGAAAAGAAAAAGGCCAACUUCAUCGAGCGCACCCUAUGGACCUUCGUCAUGAUUGCUGGCUUCUUCGCCGCCCUCUUCAUGGGCCACAUCUACAUUGUCGUCAUCAUCACGGCCGUCCAGAUCAUCUCCUUCAAAGAGGUUAUUGCCAUCUCGAGCGGAGCUAGUCGCGCCCGGGACAUUCAGUCUACCAAGAGCUUGAAUUGGUACUGGCUGGCGGUAGCCAUGUACUUUCUACACGGCGAAACCGUCAUCUACUACUUCAAGCAUAUUGUCAUGGUCGAUAGAGUCCUCCUGCCGCUGGCUACCCACCACCGCUUCAUCUGUUUCACCCUUUACGUCGUUGGCUUCGUCUUCUUUGUCAGCACUCUCAAGGGCGGCCACCUCAAGUUCCAGUUCACCCAGUUCGUAUGGGCGCACAUGGCCCUGUUCCUCAUUGUCGGCCAGUCGCACUUUAUCAUGAAUAACGUCUUCGACGGACUGAUUUGGUUCUUCCUCCCCGCCGCCCUCGUCAUCACCAACGACAUCUUUGCCUACGUCUGCGGCAUCACCUUUGGCCGCACCCAGCUGAUCAAGUUGUCUCCCAAGAAGACGGUGGAGGGUUUCCUGGGUGCUUGGGUCAUGACCGUCCUCUUCGGCAUUCUACUCACCCAUAUCCUGAUGCGCUCCCGCUUCUUCAUCUGCCCUGCUAAUGACCUGGGCGCCAACAUCUUCACCGGGCUGGAUUGCGAGCCCAACCCGGUUUUCAUCCCCCAGACCUGGACCAUGCCCGAGUUGCUAUUCUUCCCCACCAAGACGCGCUUUAGCAUCACCAUGGCGCCGAUGCAGAUCCAUACCUUCUUUUGGGCCACUUUCGCUUCGCUGAUUGCGCCGUUCGGUGGCUUCUUUGCUUCGGGUCUUAAGCGCACGUUCAAGAUCAAAGACUUUGGCCACUCGAUUCCGGGCCAUGGCGGUAUUACCGAUCGCAUGGACUGCCAGUUCAUCAUGGGCUUCUUCGCCUACAUCUACUACCAUACGUUCAUUGCGCAGUCCAAGGUCGAUUUCGACGAGGUGUUGGAGAUUGUGGCGACUCGGUUGACUAUUGACGACCAUAAGAAGUUGUUGCUUUUCAUUGCAAAGUAUCUGGUCAACCACAACGCUAUUGAUUCUUCGAUUGUCAAUGCCAUCGAAAAGUCCUUGACUAAUCAUUAAGUUGGCGAAAUGGCAUGUAAUAACAUUAGAGUAAAAAGCAAGCUGGGCCCCCUAUGUGGUUCUAGCUGCACUUUUGAGAGAGGGUGGUGUUUUUGAACCUUUUAACGUGGGACUUGAAGCGUUCCCUGUUCUUCAAGAGGAAUCUGCACUUCUGGGAAGGGCGUCGAUUUUUCACCUUUUUCUGGCACAUACUUUGCAGCGCACUGUUAGCUUGGAGCUGUGGGCUGACUGGUUGGUGCAGCAAGCCACUGCAUCAUGUUGCGUAUCAGAGCAUAUAGCGUGGUUGUCUAGAUCACCCACUUCUUUAUCAAGCGUCACAUGACUACAGUAUUGGUGUUGUAAGGCAGAUUUAGCGAUGAUAGAUUAGUAGUCAACUUCUUGGUUACCACCUUUCUCCUGGUUCUUACUUGGUCCAGAUUCGUCCAAUGUUGCGCUUGAUUUUGCUAACAGCCAGCCACAAAUCAGAGUUGGGAUGGAGUGGCCCAAUGAUGUUAAAAGCAUCUCUCAGCUGCAUGCGACAUUUCUUGCUACCAUGAUACCCGAAGGUCUGGCUUCUGAAUUGAGCGAUGAACCCCUCUGCUUGGUAUUGGUAUAAGGUCGGCAUUCCCUCGCUGCCCCUCGGUUUCUGGAGUUUCAGCGUCAUCCUCAUAUUUGCUUAUGGUUUCACGCAUCAUUGCCGCGCCUACCUACUGACCGGUCCAAGCAAAUUCUACAUAUUUUUCCGAUAAAAUGGCAUCCCAAGACGACCUCCGUAAUGCCUUCCAAUCAGGUGAUCGCGACGGCGAUAACACCCUCUCGGUCCGCGAGGCCGUGUCGGCUGUUCAGGCACUUGGUGGACGGACGCUGGAUGCUGAGCAACUCGAGAGGGCGUGCAAUGAUUGUGGGGUGGACACGGGGAGGGAGAUGGAUUGUAGGCUUCCCGUCUUUACUACAUAUAAGCGUGGCCUCUUCCGUUGAAUGGAACUCGAGGUUGGAAACGACAAGGCUAAUCUAUGGCAGUUGACGAGUUUGUGAGAGUUGUACGGAAGCUGGAGGUUGAAGGGGCAGUAUAAAGCGAGAUGAUUGUCGAAUUGGGCGCGACAUAUGAUGAGGAGCAUUUUGGUCCAGAUGAGAGGCCUGACGUUCAGAUGCUUUGAUGGUAGGGAUCAAUCACCUCAAAGGUACGAUGUAUCGAGUAUGAGUACGGAACAAUGAACAUUUAUCCAGUGAC